ACAGAGAAGCCGAGGGCAGGGAGCGGACAGCCGUCAGGCAUGGCGGCGUCCCGGCUGCCCCCGACGGCGCUGACCCUGAAGCAGUUCUUGAGAAGGCAGCAGGUUCUUCAGCUGUACAGAAAAAUUCUGCAGGCAAUUCGUCAAGCACCUAAAGAAGCGGAUCGUCACUACUUGAGAGACUGGGCAAGGGAAGAGUUCAAAAGAAAUAAAGAUACUACAGAUGAGGAUGCAAUUAGGAUGAUGAUCACUCAGGGCAACCUUCAGCUUCGAGAACUUGAAAGAACACUAAGGCUGGCAAAAUCCUAGCCUACUGUUUGUGGGCCACAACUUCCUCAGAAGACAUUACAUUGGAAGGACCUCUCACACAACUCAUACAGGUGAUUCGUGUACAGACUUCCUAAGAAGUGAGAAAAACUGGGCAGGGUGGUAGUGCUGUGUUAGGGUGGGAAUGCUCAAACUUAUGUGAAACUGAAGAUGUGAUGGGAAGAAAUAUACAAGAAGCAGGAGCAAAAGUAAUAUCUAAGUCUGAACCAUAUCUUAAACAUGCAAAAGUGGAGUUUAUUACCUCAACAUUGUAAAUUGCACCUGUGAACUCCAGAAUGUAACCAAGUGCUGGAAUAACUUAAUAAUAUACUAGUUUUGUUUAUAGCUUUGUCAAAUUAAAGAACUGGCUCUUUA